AUGUUCAAUUCAUCUUAUGGUUCAUCUCGUAUAAAUCAGUUAACCCGAUCAACAUCCAUCGAAUAUUUUGAUGAUCAAGAUCUUUCUACAUUACAAUUUUGGAUGUUUAUGGGAGUAUUAAUUUCUUUUUUAAUUCUUGUAUUCAUUGUUUUAAGUACUAUUAUUUAUUAUGAACUAUUUACUGAAAAUAAGAAUGAAUUAACUGAAGAACAUGCUAAACGAUUAAAAGAUUUUAAAGAGCUUACAGGUCUUCAAAUUGAAUUAAAUGAUAUUCAAUCAAUUUUAAUGAAUGAAUUUAUUUUGGAAGCAUGGAAACGUGAAAAAUAUAGACGAGAAAGACAUAUUUAA